AUGGCACCCUCUCGAAUCGACUACGCCGAAGCCUCUCACGACGCUGUCGAUGGAUUUACGGCGAGACCCAAGCACAACAUGUAUCUUCUCGAAGACUUUCCUGAAGAAGCUAUCCGCCACAGCCAACGCCUGUUCACAACGAUACUACCCAGCGAUCCGGAGAUCGAGAACUGGCGCGAGAAUGCAGACGCGAUACUCGUACGGGAGAAGACAAUCUCAGCAGUCGACAUCGCUUCGGCACGAAAACUACGAGCGAUCGGAAAGCAAGGCACGGGCAUAGACAUCAUCGAUCAAGACGCAUGCAAGAAAUGCGGAAUUGCCAUCCUCAAUACUCCUGGCGUCAACGCACAAUCGGUCGCAGAGCUUGUUCUUAGUCUCACUAUGGCGGUUGCGCGACAGCUCCGCGUUAUAUCCACAAAGCAAGCAGCAGGGUCAGAAGUCCGGAAAGAACAUUGUUGUGGCAUGACGCUAAUUGGAAAGACCAUUGGUAUUGUGGGUAUGGGAAAUAUUGGCACAGCCGUUGCUCGCAUGUUCAUCGGAGCGUUUGGAGCUUCAGUCUACGCUUGCGAUCCCUUCGCCCCUGCCGAAGCAUGGGCCGACAUCCCACACACGAGGGCCAAGCAAUGGGAAGACAUGCUGCCUCAUGUGGAUAUCUUGACCGUUCAUAUCCCGCUCAAUGAGAAGACGAGGGGCAUGGUAUCUGCCACUCAGUUCAAGAUGAUGCGACAAGGUUCGAUUCUAAUCAACGUCGCGCGAGGAGGUAUUGUGAAUGAGGAAGAUUUGGUGGAAGCGCUAGAGGAGGGUCGGAUUUUUGGUGCUGGUCUAGACUGCCAUGUGGAAGAGCCUCCGACACUGCAGAGGUACGAGAGGCUGUGGGCAACAGGCAAAGUCAUCAGUACCCCACACAUUGGCGCAACGACAGCCGAGACGCAGGUGCUCACAUCGACAGCUGCACUUAAUAACGUACAUAAGUUCUUCAAGCUUACGUAG